AUGAAUGUCAAUGGAGCUAUUUUUGAGGAUAUUCGGAAAGCUGAUGUGGGAGUGCUAUGUGUACCACUUGGCAUUCGCAAGCUUGUGAUCGAAAGUGAUUGUCUUUUGCUUGUUCAAGAAUUGCAAGCUUCAUCAGAUUCUUUAGCUAAUGCAGGUAACAUUAUUGCUGAUGUCAAGCAACUCUUGUCAAGAUUUCAGGAAAUCCAAAUUCAACAUGUUAAUCGUAUGGGGAAUUCUGUAGCUCAUGCAUUGGCUAGGAAUGCUUGGAAUGUUGCUGAUAUUUCUGUAUGGUGGGAUCAUCUUCCAUCUUUCCUUCAAAAAAAUUUAUGGCUUGAUGCCAAUUCAUGUAUGGAUAUUGACUGA